UUUACCCUGGGAGCAUACGAAGCACCAAUAUGCGUCCCGGUCUCCGGCGGUCGGAUGUUGAUGUGAGCCCCCCCAACGUCAGCACGGUGAUGUGCGACGCGAGUGAGCCUUUCUACUUUUUGGCGGAGACCCCUUUUCGCCAGCAAGUGUCUCGGUGUCUCCGUGAAGCAUCGAAGAGUAGCUACAGCCCUCUUCGGCGAGCUGAACGGGCUGCCGAGCUUUCGAAGGCCGAUCUCCCGCAGCGCUGGCACCCGGAGAACCGCGCCAUGGCGCUCGCUGGGGGGACGACAUCCUGUCCAGCACCAGCUUCACCAUCUGGGACCAAGUGCACGAGGGGGUCGCACUGCAAGCACAUGAAAGAAGGGCACUGCGACCUUGAGGUCAAGCUUGUACAUGUACCAUUACAGAGUCCUAAAUGGAUGCCAAUUGGUACUGGUGACCUUAUGAAGGUGAAACGUCCCUGGAUCUAAAGGGAAAAUCUGACUGAAGGCGAGCUGAAGUUGUUUCUGACUUUAUUCUCUUAUGACUGGAAAGUAAUCUGCCUACUUGAUGAGCUUUGAAGAUGCAAAAUUUGUUUCCGUAACUGUCCCACUUCAACGUAAUGUGCACAUUGAAACCUGUUCCUUUUCUUUUUCUGCUUUUUGGCGAGAAAAAAAAAAGCCAACGAAUCUCCCUCUUCCUUUUCGCAAUGGGAAGGUGUGGAAGACUGAUUGGAUCUUUUAUAUACGCAAUCAGUUUCAUAAGUGAAUGAAGAUAAAAGCAGAAUACAUGUUCACAGAUUAUUUGUGAAUUCUUAGACUUGGUGAAGGGAGUAGUUUAUGUUCGAGUCAUGUAAUUAUGAA